UCAAAAGGAACCAUAAGAGGCGUAUCAGAAUUUUUAAAAAAAAUAAAAAACAGAAGAGGCAACGGUGUCGUUUAGUGAAAGAAGUUAGGUCAGAUCUGAUCUUCUUCUUCGUGAAAAACUUAGCGCCUCGGACGCCUUAGCGACCGCCUUGCUCCUCCUUUCGCCGCCUCACUGUCCACCGUCCACUUUUGUUGUCCACUAGGCGACUUGUGAGCAACAAACAAAGGACAUGCCGUUUCACGAUUAGGCAAAACGACAUCGUCCGCUCUCCCCAGUCAAAAUCUUCUCGACCCAAUUUCCUUCACCCUGCAAAAUUGAAGAGUUUGGUGGCUUAAUGGAGGGUAACAACAAGAAGGGCUACGCGUGGGCAAUCUCAGCAGGCCUGAACGCCGCUCUGGCUGCCGUUUCGGCGAAGCUCAUCACUCCUCAGAUUGUUAGGUAUGGUUUGGUGAUAUUGUUGAAUGCGACAAUGUGGGGAUGUUAUGUGAACAGCCUUAAAGCUCUGUCUUCUCUGCAAGCUACUGUCACAAAUUUUGCUGCAAACUUCCUGUCUUCUGGUCUAGCUGGAUACUUUUUGUUCCAAGAACCCUUAUCUUUUCAGUGGUUUGCAGGUGCCCUGCUCAUUGUAGUUGGUUCACUCGUACUUAGUAAGUCAAGUAUUGAGAAGAAAGCCCAUACCCAUUAACAUUUCUGCAUUUCACUUCACCCUUGUGGUUGAGAUAUCAGAGAACUCUGGAUUUCCAUUUCUUUCCUCUUCCGAUAAAAGUAAGGAGAAAGAAGAGAUUUCUUUGGCAAUGCAACAAUUCUUCGGCAUUUCUUGCAGCGGAAUGCUGGUGUACCAGUGUUUCCUCCAUUUUGACCUGUUUUUACUCCAGAGGCAGCUUCACUAGGCAACCCAGGAUCUGCCCCAAAUUUAGAAUUGUCUAUUUUAUCCCCACGAUGAUAAGAUUCAUCUGAAAGGAUGGAUAAAAUAUUUCUAUUAUAGCAGCGAAAACAGAAAUUCACAUUUGCCACUCAAUUUGAAACCUCCAGUGAAAAUGAGUAGGCAUAACUUAUAAUGCCUCCUAUUCUGGGACAAACAACUUUUCACAUAGUAAUAAACAUCAAGAACAUUUUCCAUGCAGUUGCUACACCCUUCACAGUUGUCACUGCUGUUCUGGUAAGCAUUUCUUUUUCUUUUUCUUUUUCUCAUCUGCUAAAAUGUUAGGUAAGGUAGAGGAGAAUGGCAAACAAUUUAUAAAACAGAUUGGGAGGGACAGUUCAUGGAUACCGUAGCAGCAUUGUAGCAAUUUUGUGUUAGUUUCCCUAAGCUAAUUUGACAAGUGAGAUUAUUUU